GGCUGGGGUGACAAGCGAGUUGCUGAGUGUGCACACCUUGUGGGAACACACACACACGCCCUGCUCCCAGGCUCCUUCUGCACCCAUGGAGUUCCCCCUGGCCCAGGGAGGCCCCCAAGGGAACCGCAAAGCCCCCACGCCAACCUUCAGCACCUUUCAGCCCUUGGAUGUCACCAGCAGGGGCUGCCAGGGCCUGGGGUUGCUUCCGAGGGCCAGGCUCCAGGCCCUGAAGGUCGAGGAGGCCCAGCCCAGCCCCAGAGCCCCUGCUGUCCACGCCUCGGCAUCUCCCCAGGCCCCAGGGGCUGCCGCCAGCCCAGAGGACACUGGAAAGGCUGACGAGGGGCCUAGGGAAGGAGACCAGCCCCUGCAGGCCGAGACCCGGGCUUGGUUCCAGAAGACCCAGGCCCACGGGUUCCUGCAGCAUGGGGCAGCCCCUCCCUGGUUCCACGGCUUCAUCACCCGGAGGGAAGCCGAAAGGCUGCUGGAGACCAGGCCGCAGGGGUGCUACUUGGUGCGGUUCAGCGAGAGCGCCGUGACCUUUGUGCUGACUUACAGGAGCCGGACUUGCUGCCGCCACUUCCUGCUGGCCCAGCUUGAGGACGGGCGCCACGUGGUGCUGGGUGAGGACAGCGCCCACACGCGGCUGCAGGACCUGCUGCUGCACUACACCACGUGCCCGCUCAGCCCGUAUGGGGAGACGCUCAGCCAGCCCCUCGCCCGGCAGCAGACUCCUGAGCCAACAGGACUUUCGCUAAGGACUGAAGAAUCAGACUCGGGAAGCAAAAGCCAGGACUCACGCACCCAGUAUAGCCCGAUCCUCAAAAAGGAGCAGCCCGCAGCCCCCACACAAAAAGAAGGGGCUGGGGAGCCAAAGGAGCCCUCCCAGCCGCCCAGGCCCAAGCCUCCUAUCCCCGCCAAGCCUCAGCUGCCCCCCGAAGUCUACACAAGCCCGGCUUCGCGACCCCGCCCGGCCCCGCCCCUCAAGCCCACCCACCCCAUCUACCACGAGCCUGAGGAGCCCAUAGCUUUCUACGCCAUGGGCCGGGGCAGCCCCGGAGAAGCCCCCAGCAACAUUUAUGCCGAGGUGGAGGUGGAGCUGUGGGCAAGGGGUGACGGCCCGCCCAGCAUCCCCGUACACCCGGUCCUCCGGAAGUGCCGGUCCAGGCCUGUCCCUGGAGGCCAGAACCCAGGUGGCCAGCGACUGCAUCCUGAGGACUCUGUGGCUGGACAAGGCACUCCUGGGCCCCACCAGCCCCGGCCCCGCUGGGGGCACACCCUACCUCACCACUUUGCUAGACAGGUGCUUCAGGGGCCUCCCCAGUAGCUGGUGAGUCUGAGCUGGGGAAAGAUACCCAGAGACCUUCACACACACGCACACAGCCAGGUGCCCUUCUCGGGAAAUGUGGAUGUCACAAACUGUCAGUGAUCGAGGCUGGAAAGGACCUCAGCCUCAUCUAUUGCAAAGAUGGCACAAAGGUGUCACCUUGUGUGCCAGCUCCAAUCCAUUGGUCCUGGAUGCCUAGGGCGCUGCAAUGGAAAGGAUGCUAAGGUCGCGUCUGAACUCAGCAGAAAAGAGCACGUGAUUGAUGAGUGCUGUCGGCUAUGGGUGAGAGGAGGAAGAGGAGCAGCUUCUUCUCUGCCCUUCCCGACCAAGUCCAACCCCCUCCCUUGCCGUGCAGAUGGGGAAACAAAGCCGGAGAGGGCUGCUGACGUGGCCAAGGUCGAGGACGAGAGCCCGGGCCUCCUGACCGCUGGUUUCCUGCGGCGUUCCUGGCCCCACACCCACUAAGUCUUCUCUACAGGAAAUGUCAGAAAUUUCCUCAGACGGGAACCCUGCUGCUUUCCAGAGUUCCGCUGCAGGGGGCCUGGGUGCUGGUUCCCCUCCUCCAGGUCCCAGCUUAGCCCUGUUCCCCUGACAGGUCUGGGACCCCCAUAAAGAAGCCUGGAGGUCAGAGGAGCAAAUGUGGAGUCCACUCCCUAUAAGGGGGACACAGCUCAGUCCCCUCCCAGAGCCCUCAGAGGUUGGCGCCCCUCUGAGGACGUGGGCCCUGCAGCCUCGCCCUGGCCCCUCCUGGAGGCUCAUUUCCUGGGCCCUCUGAGCCUUUGGGUCUGGGCCCUGGUCCAAUGCUGCUGUUGUCUGAGGAUUGGUUUGGCGAGAACAGAUGUUAGAAUUGUUUGUUGAUUCUUGUCUGGCUAAUAAAUCAUCGCCAACCACCUC